UAGCUCAUGAUGAAUCUUUGGAUAUAAAAAUUUGCCAAGGAUUGAGACCAAGUUCUGAUUAUAAGGUUCCAUUUCCAAUUCUAGAUAACAUUAGACAAUGCUUGGACGCAGUUCCUUUAAAACGUCCCACAGCAGAAAAUUUAUAUAAUGCGAAACUAUUAAUAGCGGACCGAUCAUUUAUAAUCAAAUUAAUGACGUUGAAGACUUUAUAUGAAAGGGAUCGAAGAAAAUAG